CGCAGCAGCAGCAGCAGCAGCAGCCUCCCCCUCUCCCGCCCUCGUUCGGAUGGCAGUCACGUCCGCCGCUGGGAGCGACGCUGGGGCUCCGCCGAGCGAGGAGGGAGCAGACGUCAAAACGGCCUUAUGAAUAUUGAUGCGGAGGCUAGGCUGCUUUCGUAAAGGAGCAGAAGGAAGCAAGAUGGCUGCCCUUUAGGAUUGGUUAGCAGGGAGAGCAGAUUGCUUCGGCUGGAUUCGGCGAGGCGGAGGGGACUGCUGGAAAGAGAUACAAUAGGAGGGCAGCCUUGUGGAUGGCCCCAGAGUAGGCCAGAUGGAACAGGAUAGAACCAGCCAUGUUGAAGGCAGUAGUUUGAGCCCAUUUCUAAUACCACAUCCUUCUCAUGUUUGCCAGGGAGAGCCUUUGUCAGUGAAGCUACAGAAUGGGAGCCCACCAGCAGAGAAGGGCCAGGUUGAAGUCAAUGGCGACCACACGUGGCUGCAUUUCAAGGCCAACUAUGGAAUGAAGCACACUGUCAGAGGAAAUGCAAAUAACAGAAUAAGCCCAGACCUUCUGCAAGAAAAGAGAGACUGUGGCAGGUAUAUGCAAAAUGGUGGGAUAAAACGCACUUUCAGCGAGCCUUCUCUGUACGGGCUUCACCAGAACAAAAAGCUUAGACAAGAUGAAGAAGCAAAAGGAGGGAAAGAAACCUCUUUGGAUGGCAGUGAUCAACCGAGUGUUCCCAAUUCAUGCAGCAAGGAGGACUUGGUGGGUUUUAGAAUGGAAGAAGGUGCAGCUUCAGUUCUCAUACAGUCCUCCAAAAACAAUCGUGGUGCUUCAGAAACUCCUCCUGCUCCCCAGGUUCAGAAUGAACAGGAGAGCGAAAACAUGAAUUGCCACAACAGGGACAUUGCCUUGCUCUACAAGAGCAAGGCGGUGUCAAUGCCUAAUGGUGCUAUAGUUUCUGCCUCUUCUAUGGAAAACAUGCAUGGUGAACUCCUUGAGAAAACGCUGUCUCAGUAUAAUCCAGAUCAUGUGUCCAUUGCAAUGCAGAAAACCACAUCUCUUACAAAUGCCAUAAACACACAGGCUACUAAUGAAUCGACUUGUGGCACACCACAUUCAUCCCAUACCUCAGGGCAGAUCAACUCCCCACAAACCUCAAACUCUGAGCUGCCUCAGGUGCUAGAUUCUGUGGCCACUGAAGUCCACAGCACAGAAGACGGCAGUAAGAUAUCCACAUUGCCAGCCUGCUACACUUUUCAGAAACCAGAACUGCAAUUGGAGCAGCAAAAAUCCGAAAAUGCAUGCCAGUCCCCUACAGAGAAUACUGAUGUUCCAGGAAACAUGGGGCAGGUUCCCAGUCAAGAUUUCUCACUGCCCAGUCAAGAUUUCUCACUAAAUCCCAACAGCAAUAUGAAAGCUCAUAACAAUAGCUCAGAGAGACCAGCAGAGCCAGCAGAGGAAAAUGGUGCUUUGUUCCAACAAGACCCCAUGUUCAAGAAGAGUUAUUUCACCCCACCUCCUGUUGCAGCUUCUUCUCCUCUUCCAGAAAUAAACAGCAUUCUUUCCAUGAGUGUUUCAGAAGUGCAUAACCAUUAUGAGACCCAAAGUCAAGAGACUCAUUUGAAGAAAGAGAAGAAUGGAGAGCAGCAGCAACAGCAGGGGGAGCUUGCAGCACAAAUUCCUGGCCUUUGCCAGCAAGCACUUAGUUCUCAACAGGGUCUUCAACAAGAGGUUCAGGUUUCACAACAGACUGGCAAUGAAACAAGAGAUCUGAUGCUUUCUGCAAUGGCAUCAGGCAUCAGGCAACAAUAUCCUGAUGAACUGCAGUCAAAACUGGAGCCGCAGGUUCAAGACACAGAAACAGUAGGAAGCAGUAAAGAGUUGCAACAACAUUAUCAACAUCUCCUGGGCCAAAUUAACCAGGAGACCGUAACUAGCAAUGAAAAAGACUUGGUGAAAAAUCAGGUGCAUCAGUCACACCCUCACUUGCAGACAUCUUGGACAGGAAUAUCUUCCCCUCACUUUCGCCCCAGUGAGUCUCCCCAAAAAUCAAACGAGGUGCUCUUAAGGACAAUGCUUCAGCUUCAGUCAAAUUCAGCUGAUCAGACCCAUCCAAAACAAUAUCCUGGGAGCCCCAAUGCAUCAAAGGAGGUUACAGGGCAAACUUGCUUCCAGAACAUCACACAAUGUGAGCAGAUACCAGCACUGUACAAGGGUGAGGCAACACAGCUGCCACCUCAUCUUACAGCUGAGAAGCAAAUGCAAUUCCAAAAGCACUCACCACAGCCUACAAAGAUGGAUACUAUGCUCAAAUCCCACGAACAGCAGCAAAAUGCAAAGCACUUCCACUUUCAGCCGCAAGCUGAACACCACACUGAACAGUCCCUGGAGUCACAGAUGAAGCCACAGCACUUAAAUCUUCCACCAUUGGAAAAUGAACAGUUCCUCCGUUCACAUAUAUUGCAACAGAUGCUCCAGACCCAGCCAACACAGUUGCCACACAGUCCACAGCUAACCAUGGGCUCCCAGCAGCAAUCAUUGCACAUGAAGAGCAGAGAACUUCCUCAGACCUUUCCUCAUUCCCAAAACAGACAAGAGCAGCAGCUAGAGGGGGCAUCUUUCAGUCAGCUUAAAUUGGAAGAAUGUUUUGAAACUGCAAACAAUUACUUCAAAUCAACUGACUUCCCAAUGCAAAACUCCCAGGUCAGGCCAGGACCGGUGUCCGAUAUGAACAGUAAAGAUUCCCUUUACAAUCAUGCUUUCAAAGCAAAUACUGUUAUGAAGCAUUCCUACUUGAACAACAUGCACUUAGUCUCUGAGAAAAAAGAAAACCCUAUGAACACUGAGCUCUUUGCAGAAAAUGUAACUCAUGACUUACAGCAUAUGCAAUAUUACACACAUAGUAUGGCCCCCAAACAAGAUGUGCCCCAUUGCUUUCAGGAAGAAGCUUCCCAGUCUCCACCAACUUCAGCUGGACAACUACCCUUCCAGCAAACACAGGGAUAUUCUAAUUUGACCAGCAACAUGUGUAGCCCACAAUCUGCCCAGAUUCAGCAAAGGUACGUACCCUACAGUCAGCAAUCGGCGUCCCAUGCAGGAGUUGAUCAGAGAGGCUGCCAUCUUCCAACUCAACCUCAAAGGGAUUUUCAGAAGCAUGCUGCUCUCAGGUGUCACAUCUUAAACAGGCAAGAACAACAAAACAAAUCUGACACCUGUCACGGUGUAGGACACAAGCCUAUUAAAGCGGAAGCUGGCUCCAAGUUGAAUGUCUGCACCCCUCCAUCAGCUGGGCAGAUGGAGAACAAAGCGUGGAAAAAAACAAUUAAACAAGAGAGUCAGCACUUUGGUUGUGAGAACAUGCAACAAAAGAGUAUAAUCGAAACCAUGGAGCAGCAGCUGAAACAGUUUCAGGUCAGAACACCCUUUGAUCACAAGUCCCUUACUAUCAAAUCACCGAAACAUGUGAAAGUUGAAACUGUGGGACCCAUCACUAUUCUGUCAAGGAAUUCCGCCGCUGCAGAUUUCAACAGCCACGCAGCCUCUUUAGAUCAACAGCCCAUUCAUUCCAUUGAAAAAACACCAACCAAAAGAACGGCUGCUGGAACAGCUCUCAAUCAUUUUUUAGAGUCACCUUCCAAGUUAUUAGAUACUCCUGUGAAAAACCUACUGGACACACCUGUCAAAACUCAGUACGAUUUCCCAUCUUGUAGCUGCGUUGAACAGAUUAUCGAAAAAGACGAAGGCCCUUUCUACACCCAUCUAGGAGCCGGCCCUAAUGUGGCUGCUAUUAGAGAAAUAAUGGAAGAACGGUAUGGACAGAAAGGCAAAGCCAUAAGGAUAGAGCGGAUUGUCUAUACGGGGAAAGAAGGCAAAAGUGCCCAAGGAUGUCCUAUAGCUAAAUGGGUGAUUCGUAGAAGUAGCACUGAAGAAAAACUCCUUUGUUUGGUACGGGAACGUGCAGGCCACAGCUGUGAAACAGCAGUGAUAGUAGUGCUUAUCUUGGUGUGGGAAGGAAUUUCUCGAAGCCUAGCAGACAAGCUGUAUUCCGAACUCUCCGAAACUUUAAGGAAGUAUGGCACGCUAACAAACCGUCGCUGUGCUCUAAAUGAAGAGCGAACUUGCGCAUGCCAAGGCCUGGACCCCGAGAGUUGUGGCGCAUCGUUUUCCUUCGGCUGCUCGUGGAGUAUGUACUACAAUGGGUGCAAGUUUGCCAGAAGCAAGAUCCCAAGGAAGUUUAAACUAUUGGGGGAUGAUCCAAGAGAGGAAGAAAAGCUGGAGUCCAAUUUGCAAACUCUCUCAACUCUGAUGGCACCCACUUACAAGAAACUGGCACCUGAUGCGUAUAACAACCAGAUUGAAUAUGAACACAGAGCACCCGAGUGCCGUCUGGGUUUAAAAGAAGGCCGUCCGUUCUCAGGGGUCACUGCCUGCCUGGAUUUCUGUGCUCAUGCUCACAGGGACCUGCAUAAUAUGCAGAAUGGCAGCACACUGGUCUGUACACUAACCAGAGAAGACAAUCGUGAAAUUGGCCAGACGCCCGAAGAUGAGCAAUUGCAUGUGCUCCCUUUGUACAAAAUCUCCAACGUGGACGAGUUCGGAAGUGCAGAAGGUCAGGAAGAGAAAAAACGGAACGGCAGCAUCCAGGUCCUUAGCUCCUUCCGGAGAAAAGUAAGGAUGCUUUCUGAGCCAGUUAAGACUUGCCGGCAAAAAAAGUUGGAAGCUAAGAAAGCAGCCACUGAGAAGCUUGCUGCUAUGGAAAAUGGGUCAAGCAAACACGAGAGAGAGAAGUCGAACGCAGCACGCCAAAAGCAGGCCAUCUCAGAACCAUCGGGUCAUGCAAAGCAGUUAGCAGAUCUGUUACGUCUUUCAGGACCAGCCAUGUCACAGCAGAAACUCUACCAACAUCCACAUCAUGCCCUCCCUACUAAACCUCAGUCAAACCACAUCAACUCAUACACUGCUUCAGGUCCCACAAACCUCUACAUGGGUUUGCCAAAUCCAGCCAACCCAUAUCCAAACUCUUCACAUGCCUCAGAUCCUUAUGGUGGGUCCAGCCCCAUGAAUAUCUACCCAACGUCUUCGCAACCUGCAGGAGCCUAUUUGAAUUCUCCUGGUCUCGUGAAUCCCUAUUCUGUACACUUGGGUCAAAAUAACCAAUAUCCCCAUUAUCAAUGCAACGGAAACUUGCCUCUGGAUAACUGUUCCUCCUACUACAACUCCUAUUCGUCUCAGCCUCAGCAUAUGGACUUGUUUAGGUAUCAGAGCCAAGACUCUCUAUCUAAGCUAAGUCUACCUCCAAUUCAUACAUUAUAUCAGCAUAGGUUUGGAAACAACCAGAACUAUGGGCCCAGGUACUUGAACUAUGGAAACCAAAAUGUGCAGGUAGAUGCGCUCAACAGUUGCACAAUUAGACCAAAUAUUCAGCAUGCAGGUUCCUUCCCUCCUUACCCCACACAUGAGGCUGAAGGUCCUUUUAUGGACAUCGCCUCUAGACUGAAAUCAAAUCUAAAUAAUCCAAGUGUGGACUACAUGAAUAAAAAUGGCGACCAUCUCUACCCCCCUCCACACUUAACACAUGACUACCACCCUGCCGCCGGUAUGCUCAGUGGCCCUGCUCAUCCACUCCACCUCCAGAACAAAAAUAACCAAAAUGGGUUGUCAAACAUGCUUCCAGGUCUUAACCACAAUCGGACUGCUUCCCAAGAAGGCGCAAAUAAAACUGAGGUGCUCCCGCCAGAAGAUCCCGAUGACGUCUGGUCAGACAAUGAGCAGAGCUUUCUGGAUCCAGAUAUAGGUGGCGUGGCGGUCGCCCCCUCGCACGGGUCAAUUCUCAUAGAGUGCGCGAAACGUGAGCUCCACGCGACGACCCCGCUGAAGAACCCUAACAGGAACCACCCCACAAGGAUAUCGCUCGUCUUCUACCAGCACAAAAGCAUGAACGAGCCAAAGCACGGCCUAGCUUUGUGGGAGGCAAAGAUGGCGGAGAAGGCAAGGGAGAAAGAGGAGGACUGCGAAAAGUACGGUCCGGAUUAUGUGCCUCAGAAAGUGCAUGGCAAAAAAGUGAAGCGGGAGCCGGCUGAACUGAAUGAGAAUUUGGAGCCAACCUACAUGCGUUUCAUCAGGUCUCUUGCACAAAGGACUAUGUCUCUCACCACAAACUCCACAGUUACCACAUCUCCAUAUGCCUUUACACGGGUUACAGGGCCUUACAACAGAUAUAUAUAAACAUCAGAUCUUUGUUCAUUA